AUGCGUCUCUCUACCGCAAUCGCUGCCCUUCUCACCGUCGGCCUCGCAGCUGCUCACUCUCGCCGCGCUACCUGUGCUGCUCAGAACAUCCUCGACGCAUGUCUCGCCACAGAAAAUGCUCAACUUUCAAGCUGCGCAGCAACUGACUGGGAUUGCCUUUGCGAGCAAAGCAACAAUGUCCUCACCUGCUACAACAACUGCCCCGGCGACGACGGUCAAUUCGGCGCUCAGCAGACAAUGACAUCCUACUGCAACGCCGCAAAGGCUUAUGGCACCAGCACAUCUAGCACGGCCAGCAGCUCUGCAACAGCCUCGGCGUCCUCGUCUGCUUCAUCUACCGGCUCAGAGACAUCUGCCACUCAAACGGGUACUGCGACGUCCGGCCAUUCGUCUUCUACCUCUACUGCGACUGGACAUUUCACGACGUCUUCACAGUCUGCUGCCGCUGCUGCUGGAACGUUCGCUCAGGGUGGCUUUGUUGCUGCGUUGGCUCUGGGGUUGGGUUUGGUUUUCUAA